CUGUCGCCGCCAUGAUCAAGAAGUUCGACAAGAAGGAUGAGGAGUCGGGCAGUGGCUCCAACCCUUUCCAGCAUUUGGAGAAGAGCGCUAUUCUCCAGGAGGCUCGUAUCUUUAACGAGACCCCCAUAAAUCCAAGGAGAUGUCUACAUAUCCUCACCAAGAUACUUUACUUACUGAACCAGGGGGAACAUUUAGGAACUACCGAAGCCACAGAAGCCUUCUUUGCAAUGACGAGGCUAUUUCAGUCCAACGAUCAAACCUUAAGGAGAAUGUGUUACCUUACUAUCAAAGAGUUGGCCAACAUUUCGGAGGAUGUUAUCAUUGUCACCAGCAGCUUGACCAAAGACAUGACGGGGAAAGAAGAUGUCUACCGAGGCCCGGCCAUUAGAGCACUGUGCAGAAUCACGGACGGUACGAUGCUGCAGGCCAUUGAGAGGUACAUGAAACAAGCCAUCGUUGACAAAGUCCCCAGUGUGUCUAGUUCGGCGCUGGUGUCUUCCUUACACAUGAUGAAGAUCAACUAUGACGUGGUCAAGCGGUGGAUCAAUGAGGCCCAGGAGGCUGCUUCCAGCGACAACGUCAUGGUGCAGUACCAUGCAUUGGGGCUGCUCUACAAUCUCAGGAAGAACGACCGCCUCGCUGUCUCCAAGAUGCUGAAUAAAUUCACGAAGUCCGGCCUGAAGUCCCAGUUUGCCUACUGCAUGCUGAUCCGGAUAGCCAGCCGGCUCCUGAAAGAGUCCGAAGAGGGGCACGACAACCCACUGUUCGAUUACAUCGAGAGCUGCCUGCGGAACAAGCACGAGAUGGUGAUCUAUGAGGCGGCCUCCGCAAUCAUCCACCUCCCGAACUGCACGGCCAGGGAGCUAGCGCCGGCCGUCUCAGUGCUUCAGCUCUUCUGCAGUUCCUCCAAGCCUGUGUUGAGGUAUGCAGCCGUGCGGACCCUUAACAAGGUGGCCAUGAAGCACCCCUCUGCGGUGACGGCCUGCAACCUGGACCUGGAGAACCUGAUCACCGACUCGAACCGCAGCAUCGCCACCCUGGCCAUCACCACCCUCCUGAAGACGGGCAGCGAGAGCAGCGUGGACAGGCUCAUGAAGCAGAUCUCGUCCUUCGUGUCCGAGAUAUCCGAUGAGUUCAAGGUGGUGGUAGUCCAGGCUAUCAGCGCCCUGUGCCAGAAGUACCCACGCAAACACAUUGUGAUGAUGACGUUCCUCUCCAACAUGCUCAGGGAUGAUGGCGGCUUUGAGUACAAGCGAGCGAUUGUGGACUGCAUCAUCGGCAUCAUUGAGGAAAACCCCGAGAGCAAAGAGUCGGGCCUGGCUCACCUCUGUGAGUUCAUCGAGGACUGCGAGCACACGGUGCUGGCCACCAAGAUCCUCCACCUGCUCGGCAAGGAGGGGCCCCGGACCCCCGCCCCCUCCAAGUACAUCCGUUUCAUUUUCAACAGGGUGGUGCUGGAGAACGAAGCCGUGAGGGCCGCGGCCGUGAGUGCGCUGGCCAAGUUCCGGGCCCAGAACGAGAGCCUCCUCCCCAGCAUCCUGGUGCUCUUGCAGAGGUGCAUGAUGGAUAGCGAUGACGAAGUCCGCGACCGAGCCACCUUCUACCUGAACGUGCUGCAGCAGAGGCAGCUGGCUUUGAACGCCGCCUACAUCUUCAACGGCCUGACGGUCUCUGUCCCCGGGCUGGAGAAGGCCUUGCACCAGUACACCCUAGAGCCUUCGGACAAGUCUUUCGACAUGAAGUCUGUGCCGCUGGCCACCGCCCCCAUCUUUGAGCAGAAAACAGAAAUUGCCCUGGUGGCGAGCAAGCCAGAGAAGGUGGCUCCUUCACGGCAGGACAUAUUCCAAGAGCAACUAGCUGCCAUUCCGGAGUUCAAGAGCCUGGGUCCGCUCUUCAAGUCAUCCGAUCCGGUGCAGCUGACGGAGGCGGAGACAGAGUAUUUCGUCCGCUGCAUCAAGCACGUCUUCUUGAAUCACAUCGUCUUCCAGUUUGACUGCACGAACACCCUCAACGACCAGCUGCUGGAGCGGGUGACAGUCCAGAUGGAGCCCUCGGAGGCCUACGACGUCCUGCGCUGCGUCCCGGCCCCCAGCCUCUCCUACAACCAGCCGGGCAUGUGCUACACGCUGGUCCGCCUGCCCUUGGACGACCCCACGGCAGUGGCCUGCACUUUCAGUUGCACAAUGAAGUUCACUGUCCGCGACUGCGACCCCAACACUGGCGUGCCGGAUGACGACGGAUAUGACGACGAGUACGUGCUGGAAGAUCUGGAAGUCACUUUGUGUGACCACGUUCAGAAGGUCCUGAAGCCAAAUUUUGCCGCUGCUUGGGAAGAAGUGGGGGAUGACUACGAGAAAGAAGAGACCUUCGCUCUCAGCUCCAUUAAAACCCUGGAUGAGGCCGUUGGCAACAUUGUGAAGUUCCUGGGCAUGCAGCCGUGCGAGCGGUCGGACAAAGUGCCGGAGAACAAGAAUUCCCACACUCUCUACUUGGCAGGUGUGUACAGAGGCGGCUUGGACGUCCUGGUGCGGGCAAGGCUGGCUCUCGGCGACGGCGUGACGAUGCAGGUGACAGUCCGGAGCAGAGAAGAAAUCCCGGUGGACGUCAUCUUGGCUUCUGUCGGUUAAAA